UUCAGUUUCUCCGCUAACUAAUGUACAGCCAAAGAAACAACAAACUGCCUCCUUUUCGAGGAACAACCGAGCGAAUGCAUUUGACUUGAUGAGGAAUCGGUCCAACUCCCUUACAACCUACCUAACAGAUAAAAAAUAGCAAUCAGUUAUCGGCGAACGGAAACUAAAACAAACACUGAACCAAGAAAACAAAUUAACAAAUAUAAAACACUCUCCCCCAAGCCGACUGGUCCUCGUGGGGGAAAAUGACCAAGACCCUCUAAAGAUGGAUAAAAAUACCUCAAACCACUCAGAUAUGAAUAUCAUAGAUACGGAAAAGAGAAGAGAAAUAAAGGCAAAACAUAUUCACAGAGCAACCAUCAACUGUCGAUCACUAAGAACAUCAGAAAAACUUAAAGAAUUUGAACUGGCAGUAAAAGAAAUAAAAUGGGAUAUUAUUGGGAUUAGUGAAAUGAGACGGUUUGGUGAGGGCAUACAAGAUCGAGGAAACUACAUAUUGCACUAUAUAGGCGAGACGCCUGGACUAUAUGGAGUUGGAUUCAUGGUCAGGAAAAAUCUUGCAGACAAUAUAGAAGAGCUCAGAGGAAUCUCAGAACGUAUUGCAAUCCUUAAUAUCAAACUAUCUAUAAAAGGAAAAAAUGAAGAAUGGUCGAUUAUUCAGGCAUAUUCUCCAACUGAAUCGGACAAAAAGGAAGAUGUAAUAAAAAUAGAAAACUUCUAUAAUGAUCUUCAAAGUACUAUGGAAAGCGCUCACAAAAAUAAAAUUGUCAUGGGCGACUUCAAUGGUCAGAUAGGAACACAGAAAAAUGGAGAAGAAUACAUCAUAGGAAGAUAUGGAUUUGGCUUCAGAAGUAAAAACGGCACAAGAUUAGUAAACUUUGCAACUGAAAACAAAUUAAGCAUUCUGAAUAGCUUUUAUAAAAAAAAACCGCAGAAAAAAUGGACGUGGAUCUCGCCUAGUGGGCUUUAUAAGAACGAAAUCGACUACAUUUUAUCUAACAAUCAAAAACCUUUCCAAAACAUAACUAUAAUAAGCAAUCUGAAUUUCAACACAGACCAUAGAAUGGUUCGGGUAACACUGACAGGAAGACGUCCCAAGAAACUAAGAAAAUUUCACAAUAAGUGUACCACUAUUGAAUAUACAGGCAAUACAGAUUUACUUCUUGAAAACCUCCAAACAUCACUAAAGAAAGACAGACAUGGGAAAAAAGAACUUACAUCAACUGAAGAAAAAUACAACGGACUAAUCAACCAACUAAAAACUGUAACAAGAAAAACCAACACAAACAAUAAGAAAGAAAUAUCACUCAUAACUAAACAUUUGCUGCAAGAACGUAAAGAACUUAUACAACAGAAGAAAAGUAAAGAAAUCCGCCAAAAAAUUACAGAAAUAAGCAAAAAGAUAAGUGAACAACUUAGAAAAGAAAGGAAAACAAAAAGACUAUCUACAAUAGAAAAAUUUAUAGAAAGAACAGGAGGAAUAAAAAAGGCAAGGAAGGAACUAAACCACAAGAAAGAGUGGAUACCAAGGAUGAAGAAGAAGGAUGGUAUAACGACAGGUAACAGACUCGAUAUACUAAAGAUUGCUACGGAUUAUUACCGCCAUUUGUACACAAGCCAAAGAUUUGAAGAAACUCAAAAAGAAUACAACAUACCAACAGAUGCAGAGCAGACACUGAAAAUACUAACUAUUGAAACAAUGCAAGCAAUUAAAACACAAAAACUUGAUAAAGCACCUGGAGCAGAUCUCAUCACAAACGAGCUUCUAAAAACUACAUUACCAGUGAUUGCUCCAAAGCUUACGGAUAUAUUUAAUGAAAUACUUAACACGGAAAACAUCCCCGAUGAUUGGACUAAAUCAACAAUUAUAUUGCUCCAUAAAAAAGGUGACAAAGGAGACAUAGGAAAUUAUAGGCCCAUUAGCCUGAUGUCGAAUAUUUACAAGGUUUUUUCAAAAAUUAUACUUUCUAGAAUUACAAAUACCCUUGAAGAAAAUCAGCCCAAAGAACAAGCUGGAUUCCGUAGACAUUUUUCAACUAUAGAUCACAUUCACGCUUUGAGACAGAUACUACAAAAAUUUAAAGAAUAUAACAAAACUUACUACCUGGGGUUCAUUGACUUUAACAAAGCAUUCGACACAUUAGAACACAGUUUUAUUUGGAACGCACUUGAAGCACAAGGCGUCGAAACAAAAUACAUUAGAAUACUUAAAAAUAUUUACACAAAAAGCACUGCUCGAGUGAAGCUAGAAUCGACAGGAGACGAAUUCCCUAUUAAAAGAGGUGUACGCCAAGGAGACCCUAUAUCACCAAAAUUAUUUUCAGCCGUCCUUGAAAUGAUAUUUAGGAACCUAAAAUGGACAAAGGGACUAAAUAUAAAUGGUGAAAAUCUAAGUCAUCUUCGCUUUGCAGACGACAUUAUUUUGUUUUCGGAUUGCCCAAAAACUCUGGAAAGCAUGUUGCAACAGCUAUCGAAUGAAAGUAUUAAAGCAGGCCUGUCAAUGAACUUAACAAAAACUAAAAUAAUGUCAAAUUCUACAAAUAUAGAAAUAAAAAUAAAUGACGAGGUAAUAGAAUAUGUACAAGAAUAUAUAUAUCUUGGACAACUUAUAUCUCAAGAAGACUGCAUGCAAAAGGAAAUAGAAAGAAGAAUUGCUAAUACCUGGAAACGGUUCUGGUCGCUAAGCGAAGUAAUGAAAAAUAAAGACAUGCCUAUAAAACAAAAGAGAAAAGUAUUUAAUAUGUGUAUUCUUCCAUGCUUACUGUACGGGUGUCAAACUUGGGCGUUGACAGAAGAACUAUCAAACAAAUUAAAAAUUUGUCAAAACGGAAUAGAGAGAAGUACAAUAGGCGUAAAAAGAAAAGACCGAAUAAAACUAAAAGACAUAAAGAGCAAGACAAACUUUAAGAACGCAUACACAACUUACAAACAGCUAAAAUGGCGAUGGUCUGGACAUAUGAUCAGAGAGAAAAAGGAGAAAUGGACCAGUUUAAUAACUGAAUGGUAUCCACGAGAUGGUAAAAGGAAUAGAGGUAGACAGACUAAAAGAUGGGAGGACGACAUUAUAAAAAUAGCUGGUACUACAUGGACGCGUACAGCAAAGGACAGGACACAGUGGAAAUCUUUAGAGGAGGCCUUUGUCGAAGGACAAGCUGCGAUACCACAACCACCGUUUGCCGAUAUUUAAUUUAAUUCCAUAAAAAAUUUAGUAUUUAAGUUUUGGCAUGUUUAAGUAAUUUGAUAUAGUUUGUAAAAAUAAGAACAGCAAUAAAGGCUUAUUAUUAUUA